CGGGCUGCUGCUGCGCCGCUCGCUGCCGAGAGAAGCAGCCUCUGAAACGACGCCAGGGAACUGCCGGCAAUAUUCCGGGCGCUUUAGGCUUUGGGAGACAUGCUGGGUGCAUUGUGGAGCAGCGGCAGGGAAGGUUCCUACGAGCGCCUGCGGCCAUUUGGACGGAAGAAACAUAGCACUGAAGAAAAUGCUUCCUUCUUCAGCAAGAUAACAUAUUCUUGGUACAGCAGAGUUAUAACUUUAGGUUAUAAGAAACCAUUGGAAAGAGAUGACCUGUUUGAGUUAAACGAAAGUGAUUCACCUUACGUUGUAUGUCCAGAUUUUGAAAAGCAGUGGAGAAAGGAAAUUUUAAAGUCAACCAAGAAUGUAAAGGCUCAUAGAAGUGUAAUAAAGAAGCCAUCUCUGCUUUUGCCAUUGUGGCAAACGUUUAAACUUUUAUUGAUCAAAGUUGCCAUUCUGAAAGUUGCAGCUGAUGUAUUGGCUUUCAUGAGUCCACAGAUUAUGAGAAAAAUGAUUAUUACAUGCGAGCAUCAUUCUGAGUCAUACUGGACUGGUUAUGGGUAUGCAGUGGCACUUCUUCUUGUGGUUGUUAUGCAAACCCUUGUCCACCAGCUUUACCAACGUCUUAACAUGCUCACUGCUGUAAAAAUUAAGACUGCAGUUGUUGGCCUAGUGUACAAAAAGGGCUUAACGCUAUCUAGUGCUUCACGACAAAAAUACACAACUGGUGAAAUAGUUAACUUGAUGUCAGCUGAUGUCCAGCAACUCAUGGAAAUGACUGUCAACUUGAACCUCUUAUGGUCAGCCCCUUUUCAGAUCCUGCUAGCCGUGGUCUUCCUUUGGAAAGAACUGGGCCCCUCAGUACUUGCAGGUGUUGCCAUGCUGCUUUUGGUUGUACCUGUAAAUGCUAUUGUUGCUGCAAAGGUGAAGAAACUCAAGAAAAGUCAAAUGAAGUAUGCUGAUCAGCGCAUUAAAUUCCUAAAUGAAAUCUUUCAAGGAAUAAAGAUUCUAAAACUGUAUGCCUGGGAGCCUUCAUAUCAGAAAAAGAUUGCAGAAAUCCGGGAAAGAGAAAUAGAUGUUUUGAAGUCUUCUGGAUACCUGACAACAUUUUCCAUGCUUACACUGACUUGUAUUCCUUUCCUGGUGUCUUUGGCAACAUUUGGAGUCCAUUUUCUUUUGGAUGAAGAAAAUAUUCUAACUGCAGCUAAAGUUUUCACCUCUAUCUCUCUGUUUAAUAUUUUACGACUGCCUUUGUUCGAUUUACCGACAGUGAUUUCUGCCAUAGCCCAGACUAAAGUGUCUAUGAGUCGUUUAGACAAUUUUCUGUCUUCUGAAGACCUUGAUCCCCAAAAUAUCAACACAAACUAUAAUGGAGAUCAUGCAGUUAGAUUUGUUAAUGCCUCUUUCCACUGGGAGAAGACUGGAGCCCCAACUUUAAAUAAAGUGAGCCUAGAGAUUCCAGAAGGUUCAUUGGUUGCUGUUGUGGGUCAGGUUGGAGCUGGAAAAUCAUCUCUCCUUUCUGCAGUUCUUGGGGAAAUGGAAAAAAUUGAAGGGACUGCUCAGAGAAAAGGUUCAGUGGCUUAUGUGUCCCAACAAGCCUGGAUACAGAAUUCCACUUUACAAGAAAAUAUUGUGUUUGGCUCAGAAUUUAACAGGCUCUAUUACGAAAGAGUUUUGGAGGCCUGUGCAUUAUUGCCAGAUCUGGAGCAAUUACCAAUUGGGGAUCAAACAGAAAUUGGAGAAAGGGGAGUGAAUAUAAGUGGUGGCCAGAAGCAAAGAGUGAACCUAGCUAGAGCUGUGUACAGCAAUGCUGACCUGUACUUGUUGGAUGAUCCCUUAUCUGCUGUAGAUGUACAUGUUGGGAAGCAUCUUUUUGAGAAAGUGAUUGGGUCCUCGGGUUUGUUGAAAAACAAGACCCGUAUUUUAGUGACACACAACCUGACAUUCCUACCUCAGACAGAUAUCAUAGUUGUGAUGGAAGAUGGCAGAAUUACUGAAAUUGGGAGUUAUAAAGAGCUGCUACUGAGAAGAGCAAACUUUGCAGAGCUUGUUUUAACCUUUGGUGGAGAAAAACUCUCAACGUCAGAUCAUUCUUCAAUAAGUGAUAUUAAGAUAAAAGACCAUAUUGUACCAAAGACAAGACAGUAUCUGGAGCCAAAAGACAGGGGUGCAUUCUCGGUGAAGAAGGAAAAAGUUGCUACUGGUACCAUGAAAAUGUCGAUAAUUUUGAAAUACCUACAAGCUUUUGGCUGGUCAUGGAUGUGGCUAACCAUAGCAGCAUACUUGGGUCAAAAUGCGAUAGCUAUAGGACAGAACCUGUGGCUCAGCUCAUGGACAAUGGAAGCAAAAGAAGUCAAAGACUUCACAGAAUGGAAGUACUUAAGAAACCACAAGCUUGGCAUUUAUGGGCUCUUGGGGUUUAUACAGGGUCUUUUGGUUUGUUGUGGUGCAUAUGUGCUUACUAGAGGAUCUCUCUGUGCCUCAUGGGCAUUGCAUCACCAGAUGUUAGAAAAUGUGCUGCACCUUCCCCUCCAGUAUUUUGAAACUAAUCCUGUAGGUCAGAUCAUCAACAGAUUCACAAAGGACAUGUUUAUAGUUGACAUACGUUUCCAUUAUUAUCUACGGACAUGGCUGAACUGUACACUAGAUGGAGUUGGAACUAUCCUUGUGGUUGUGUUUGCAUCACCUCUAUUCAUAUUAGUGGUGGUUCCUCUAGGAUACUUCUAUUUCACUAUACAACGAUACUAUAUAGCUAGUUCCCGACAGAUCCGACGGCUCAAUGGGACUUCACACACACCUAUAAUUUCACAUUUCAGUGAAACCCUUUUAGGUGUAUCUACAGUCAGAGCAUUUGGACAUCAAGAAAGAUUUAUUAAUCAAAAUAAAGAUGUGAUUAGUGAGAACCUGGUCUGCUUCUACAAUAAUGUGAUCUCUAACAGGUGGCUGGCUGUCAGACUUGAAUUUCUGGGCAACUUGAUGGUUUUCUUUGCUGCAUUGCUUGCAGUGUUUGCUGGCAAGAAGGUGGACUCUGCUACAGUAGGGCUGUCCAUAUCAUAUGCUCUAAAUAUAACUCAAAGUUUAAAUUUUUGGGUCCGAAAAGCAUGUGAAAUUGAAACCAAUGGAAUAUCCAUUGAAAGGGUUUGUGAAUAUGCAGACAUUGACAAAGAGGCUCCCUGGAUACUAUCCAAGAGACCACCUGUAGGAUGGCCCACUGAAGGAGUAAUACAGUUUGUCAAUUACCAGGUUCGGUAUAGGCCAGAUCUCGGCUUAACUCUACAGGAUGUGUCUUUCCAAACCUGCAAAGAAGAGAAGAUUGGAAUAAUAGGAAGAACAGGAGCUGGCAAAUCGACUCUCACUAAUUGCUUAUUUAGAAUAAUAGAAAAAGCUGGAGGCAAAAUAAUCAUAGAUGGGAUUGACAUAUCAACUAUUGGUCUGCAUGAUCUGCGUGGCAACCUUAACAUUAUUCCACAGGACCCAGUCUUAUUCUCCGGGACUCUUCAAUCAAACUUGGAUCCACUUGGAAAAUAUUCUGAUCUUGAGCUUUGGGAUGCACUGGAAUUGUGUGACUUAAAGAACUUUGUACAGUCACUUCCAAAGAAACUUCUACAUGAGAUUUCAGAGGGUGGUGAAAACCUGAGUGUAGGACAGAGACAACUUGUCUGUCUUGCUCGUGCUUUGUUACGGAAGACAAAAGUAUUAAUCCUGGAUGAAGCAACAGCCUCUGUUGACAUGGAAACAGAUAAUCUAGUACAAUCUACAAUCCGGAAAGAAUUUCACAACUGCACUGUACUAACUAUUGCUCACAGGCUGCAUUCCAUAAUGGACUCUGAUCGCGUGCUGAUUCUGGACUCUGGAAGGAUUGCUGAAUUUGAUACUCCACACGGGUUGUUACAACAGAAAGGCCUGUUUCAUCAGAUGGUAUCAGAUACUGGAAUACAGCAAGACACCAACAGCUAAUUUAUAUAUUCAGACACUUCUUCGUUCUAUUUUUUUCAUCAGUGAUGCUGCAAGAAAUACUUGAAGAACAUCAAUCGUUUUAUAGUACAGAAUAUAGAAUGUUAAGGGGAAUUUAGUAAUUUAUUGAAUUGUUAAUAAUUACUGCUUUUAGUAUGAUGUAUACUUGAACAAGUAUAGCUUGUUCAAAUUAUUUCUGCUAAGAUGUUUGUAUCAAACAUAUGGAAUAUACCUUUGCUUAACUCCUCAUGUUUUCUGCUGUAUUUUAAAUCGGUUGGCAUUAUUUCCCCACCAAAAAAAACACGCACAGAACAUUGGUAUUGAAAGCAGCUGGAAGGUCUGUAUACACCUCUCUUCCACUCAUGUCCUCUUAGAACUUACUCAAAUCAUUGAGUUCAAGUAACUUACAUGCAGUUACCGUGCCUGCCAAAAAUGUCACUGAGAGUCCCACAACCCUCUGGACAUAUUUUCUGGAGAAAGAAGGAUAGAUAAGCAAACAUCAUUGAUAACAAUACUCAACUCCUAGCCACAAAAUGCCCAUCAAAGCCUACAGAAUUUCCGAUGACUUAGGUUUCCCGAGGCUAUAGUACCUGAGAAUAUAAAUCAGUGGUGGGCAGGCUCAAUCACUGAAAAAGAUUGAGCGAAGCGUUGUAGCUCAGGUGGUAGAGAACAUGUGUUGCAUGCAGCAGGCUCCAAGUUCUGUCCCUAGCAUCUUCAGAUAGGACAUAUCCCUUUCUGGAAUCCUUGGGAGUUGUUGCCGAUCAGUAUAGACUGCACUGAACUAGAUGGACCAAUGGUCUGGCUCUGUAAUUUUUAUGUUCCUCUCUCAGUAUUAAAGCUUAGCAUAUCAGAGAGAAGAUGCCUGAGGCUAGAUUACUGUAACGCACUCUAGGCGGGGCUGCCCUUGAAGCAUAUCUGGAAACUUCAGCUGGUGCAAAAUGCAGCAGCUAGGGUUUUAUCUGGAGCUGCCCGUUGGGAUCACAUCAUACCCAUUUUGAAAGAGCUGCACUGGUUACCAGUUUGUUUCUGGGUCCAAUUCAAGGUGCUGGUUUUGACCUUUAAAGCCCUUAAUGCAGGCAUCCCCAAACUGCGGCCCUCCAGAUGUUGCUGAACUACAACUUCCAGCAUACCCAUCCACAAAAAAUUGUGUCUAGGGAUGCUGAGAGUUGUAGUUCAGCAACAUCUGGAGGGCUGCAGUUUGGGGAUGCCUGUCUUAACAGUUUGGGGCCAGGAUACCUGAGGGACCGCCUGCUCCCAAGAGUUGCUGCCCGCUUGACGAGGUCAUCGGGGGGGGGGGCUCUGCUCCAGUGCUAACAAUGAGAGAGGCUCGGUUGUCGUGCACAUUUGACAGGGCAUUCUCUGUUGCUACCCCCAGACUCUGAAAUGCUCUCCUAUUCCAUAAGUUGUUAUUCACUCCUCAGUCUCCAUCACAGUUUUUAGAAAGCGUGUUAAAUCUUGGCUUUUUACGCAGGCUUUUAUGAUUGUCUCUACUGCUGCUUCUUUGCAUUUUGUACAGUUUUUAUGCUUGUAUUUUAAAACUUUUUAGUCAGAUUUGUUUUAUAUUUUAGCUUAAUAUUCUAAUUGUCAUUUUUAUAGUCUUGUCUUAAUUUUUGUGUAAACCGCCUUGGGAUUGUUUUAAUGAAAGGCAGUAUACAAAUGUAGCAAUCAAUCAAUCAAUAAAAAGCCGAUGUACUCCG